UUUCUCGCUCUCACUCAACUAAACAACAACAACAACAACAACAAAAAAAAAAAGAAAAAGUAGUUUUGAUUCCGUGAUUACUCUCCAAUUCACCUAAUCCACUUUUAUUUUCAUUUCUAUAUUCUCUUUCCAACUCUUCACUCUCUCCCCCAAAAAUGCUCAGCCCACACUCAAUUCAGCAGUAGAACUCACUCUCAUGGGCAAAGCAGCGAGGUUUUUUCGCGGCCUCCUCGGCCUCAAAAAGGAGGAGCCGCGGCCUCCGGCGAAGCAGCCGAAGAGAAGAUGGAGUUUCGGUAAAUCACACAGAGAAAAGGACCUCUCUACUGCGAAUAAUGCCGCAUCGCCGGGUUUCGACGCCGGCGACGGCGAUCCGAGCAAGCACGCGAUUGCGGUGGCCGCGGCCACCGCCGCCGUGGCGGAGGCGGCGGUAGCGGCGGCGCAAGCGGCGGCGGCGGUGGUGCGGCUGACGAGCAGCGGGAGGUCCAACAAUGGCGUCGUUAACGGUAAUCAUGUAUCCGCAGCGUACGUUAGCGGCAACGGCUGUGAGAUUCAGGAAGAGUGGGCGGUGGUUAGAAUACAAGCUUACUUCCGAGGCUAUCUGGCAAGGAAAGCAUUGCGAGCAUUAAAAGGACUGGUGAAGCUUCAGGCAUUGGUGAGAGGUCACAUUCUGAGGAAGCAAACUGCGGACAUGCUACGAUGCUUGCAGGCAUUGUCGCGAGCCCAAGCACGCGCUUGUGCUGGGCGGGUCCUAAUAUCUGAAUCCCCACAUUCAAGCUCCAAGUCCUCUCAAUUCCACCAUCCUGGCCCUGCAACCCCUGAGAAAUUUGAACACACCUUACGGUCAAAGAGCACAAAACAUGACCACUCACCAAUGCUUAAGAGAAAUGGCUCGAAAUCUAUUGGUCAGGUGAUCAUUGAUCAAGACAAGGCAAAUAAUAGCUGGGACUGUUUAGACUUGGAUGAAGGCACAGGGGACCAAAGAGGGCCUUCAAUGAAAACUAGCCAGCUGGACGAUGAAAAGAGUGACAAGAUUCUUGAAGUAGACACUGGGAAACCCCAUUUCGCUCCCAAAAGGAAAAACCUUUACCCGUCUUCCCACCAUGCCUCGGCUUCAGAUCAAUAUAGCCAUAGCUUUAGCGCUUCAAAAGAUUCAACAACCCAUCAAACUGUUCCAAGCCCAUCGUCUUGCGAAGUUCAAUCUCUGAGCCCUUUGGAGUUUCCCCAAGACGUCGAAGAAAGCCCGUUCUGCACAGCUGGCAAUAGCCCACAGUUCUACUCGGCUUCAUCUAGAGGUGGCAGUUCUAAGGGAGGGCCAUUCACUCCCUCCAAGAGCGACGGUUCUAGAAGCUACCUAAGCGGUUACUCAGACCACCCAAACUACAUGGCUUGCACUCAAUCUUCAAGGGCUAAGAUUAGGUCUCUUAGUGCUCCGAAACAAAGGCCUCAGCUUGAAGGGUCUGUUCCAACCAAAAGGUAUUUGGUUAAUUUGCUCGAUGAUUCGAGUUCAAGCACUCAAAGGGUUUCUGUUUUGCAUGCCAACUUCACGAACAAAGCUUAUCCAGGGUCUGGCCGCUUGGACCGACUUGGAAUGCCAAUGAGAGGCGACAUGGUUGGGCUUAAUGCUGGAAAUUGGAACAGAUACUAAGCAAGGGUUUUAGGGGUUUAAGGGUUUUGAGUCUGUCUUGUUUAUCAAAACUAAUCUUGCUAACUGGUGUAUUUAGGUACAGUUGUUAUUGUUGGUCUUUCUAAGGUAUGUCUCUGUUUAUGUUUUAGGUUUUGUUAUGAACCUAGCUAACCGGUAAGAGUUUUGUAAGCACUUAAUGUUUAGUUUAUCAAUGUGACUUCUUCCUACUUUUGGAGCUGAAACAUCUAUAAAUGGGUAACAGUGGAGCUUUUUCACUUGGCUA